CGAUUCAGUUAGAAUAGAGAGUCGAUUCCCAACAGCAGUGUUUACUGUCAGCAGUCCAGCGGCCAGGCUUUUCUGUCUGAUAAGGGCUGAACACACAGACUGACACCGAAGAGCUUACAGUAGCAUCCACCUGGACGGACUUUCUGGUUUUCGACCCUUUACAGCUGCAGCAAUCAUGUGUUUGGUCUUUAAUUGGAGAGCUCAGGUGGAGAGAACGUAGCUGUUGGGCUCAGGGAGAGAUGCCAGUGUGUAUCAGGGCCCUGCUGGGCUGCAGGAACCACAGAGAAUACAGAACAAAGCAUGCACAGAAAGUCUAUCUUACAAAUUAAAGUAUUUACUUUUGCAGUGUUAGUGCUGUGCUUAUUUUAUUUAUUUUUGUCAGAUCAAUUUCGAUGGAAAUUUGCAAGGGCAAAUAUACUAGACACUGCUAAUAUCCUUUGCUAAUGGUAUUUCUGUAUUCUGUCUGUAUUUCUGUCCACCACUCCCUCCUUUUCGUCGUCUCUGCAGGAUAGUGGAUCAGGUCUUGAAACAUGAGCUCUGUGGCAGUGUUGACUCAGGAGAGUUUUGCGGAGCACCGCAGUGGUUUGAAGGACAUUAAGAUCAUGGGUAGUGUGCCAGAGGAUGAAGCAUAUAUACCUACCUAUCUGGAGGCUUUUCCCCCUUUACCCGACAAGGGUGCUCCAGGGGAGAAGACUGGUGAACCGGCAGGUGCCUGGAGCAAAAUCCGACCCAUCAAAGCCUCCGUCAUCACUCAGGUGUUCCAUGUACCUUUUGAGGAGCGGCGCUAUAAAGACAACAGUCAGUUUGGUGAGGGUGAGGAGGCGAAGGUGUGCCUGGACAUCAUGCAGAAGACUGGGGCACACAUUGAGCUCUCUCUGGCCAAAGACCAAGGCCUCUCCAUCAUGGUGACUGGAAAACUAGACUCGGUCAUGAAAGCCAGGAAGGAAAUUGUGGCCCGACUGCAAACUCAGGCCUCAGCGACUGUGCUCAUUCCAAAAGAACAUCAUCGAUUUGUGAUCGGAAAGAAUGGGGAGAAGUUACAGGAGCUAGAGUUGAAAACGGCCACCAAGAUAGCCAUCCCCCGCUCUGACGAUCCCAAUGCCAACAUUCGCAUCACUGGCACCAAGGAGGGCAUUGAGAAAGCACGGCAUGAAAUCCAGCUCAUUUCCGCAGAGCAGGAUAAGCGUGCUGUGGAACGUUUAUCUCUUGAGAAAGCUUUUCAUCCAUUCAUCGCUGGUGCAUAUAACCGACUCGUUCAAGAGCUGAGUCAAGAGACUGGAGCUCGUAUCAGCAUUCCACCACCUAGUCUGCCCAAGGAUGAGAUUGUCAUUACCGGCGAGAAGGAAGCAGUUGCCAUUGCUAUUGCCCGCAUUCGGGCCAUCUAUGAAGAAAAGAAGCAAAAAACGACCACAAUCUCAGUGGAGGUGAAGAAGUCACAGCACAAGUACAUAGUUGGACCAAAAGGCAACACCCUGCAGGAGAUCCUGGAGAACACAGGGGUGUCUGUGGAGAUGCCUCCUCUGGACUCUGCCUCUGAGACCAUCAUCCUCAGAGGGGAGCCGGAUAAGCUGGGCCCGGCCCUCACUCAGGUGUAUGCCAAGGCUAAAAGUGUGAUAGUGUUGGAGGUAAUUGCUCCAGCCUGGCUCCAUCGAUUCAUCAUUGGCAAGAAAGGACAGAACAUCAGCCGCAUUACACAGCAGUUGCCUAAGGUGCACAUAGAGUUUACCGAUGGAGAGGAACGGAUCAGUCUGGAGGGACCAACGGAGGAGGUAGAACAAGCCCAGGCUCAGUUACAGGAGAUCAUCAAAGACCUGAUGGCAAGAAUGGACUAUGCAGAGAUAAACAUUGACCAGCGUUUUCACAGACAUCUCAUUGGCAAAAAUGGGGCCAACAUAAAUCGGAUAAAGGAGCAGUAUAAGGUAUCAGUGAGGAUUCCUCAGGACUCUGAGCGCUGUGGGCUGGUUCGUAUUGAGGGCGAUCCUCAGGGAGUACAGCUCGCUCGCAAGGAACUGAUGGACAUGGCCCAGCGUAUGGAAAAUGAACGCAUGAAAGACCUGAUCAUAGAACAGAAGUUCCACCGCACCAUCAUUGGGCAAAAAGGAGAAAGGAUCAAAGAAGUUAGGGACAAGUUCCCUGAGGUCAUUAUCAUCUUUCCAGACCAGCAACAGAAAAGCGACAUAGUGCAGCUCCGAGGGCCCAAAAACGAGGUCGAAAAAUGUGCAAAGUUUCUGCAGAAACUCAUCGCUGAGCUGGUUGAGAGCAGCUUCUCAAUAUCUUUACCCAUCCACAAGCAGUUUCACAAAAACAUUAUUGGCAAAGGAGGUGCUAACAUUAAAAGGAUUCGUGAGGAGACCAGCACAAAAAUUGAUCUCCCAACAGAGAACAGCAACUCGGAGAUGAUCGUGAUCACUGGCAAGAAAAGCAACUGUGACGCUGCACGAGACCGAAUCCUUGCCAUUCAGAAAGAACUGGCCAACCUGAAGGAGGCUGAGGUUUCCAUCCCAGCCAAGCUGCACAACUCUCUGAUUGGAUCCAAGGGCAGUCUGGUGCGCUCCGUGAUGGAAGAGUGUGGGGGCGUUCACAUCCACUUCCCUGCGGAGGGAUCAGGGCUGGAUAAAGUCACCAUCCGAGGCCCUGCAGAAGAGGUGGAGAGAGCCAGGAAGCAACUGCUGCAGCUGGCAGAAGAAAAGCAAGUCAACAACUUCUCAGUGGAGCUUCAAGCCAAGCCUGAGUACCACAAGUUCCUGAUAGGCCGAGGGGGAGCUAAUAUCCGUCGUGUGCGGGAUCGAACUGGAGCACGGAUCAUCUUCCCCUCGACUGAUGAGCCAGAACAGAAGCACAUUACCAUCAUGGGUAAAGAGGAGGCCGUACGGCUUGCUCAGAAAGAACUGGAGACUCUCAUCAAAAAUCUGGAUGAUGUCAUCGAGGACAGUAUGGUUGUUGACCCUCGGCAUCACCGUCAUUUUGUCUGUCGUAGAGGGCAGGUGCUUAGAGAUCUGGCGGAGGAGUACGGCGGUGUGGCCGUUAGCUUCCCUCGCACGAGUACACAGAGUGAGCGCAUCACUCUCAAAGGGCCCAGAGAGUGUGUGGACGCUGCUAAGAAUCGCAUUCAGGAGAUCAUUCGAGAACUGGAGUCACAGGUGAGUGUGGAGGUGGUGAUUCCCCAGCGGUACCACAGAGGUGUCAUGGGACCCAAAGGCUGCAGGAUACAGCAGAUUACACGGGAGCAUGAUGUCCAGAUCAAAUUUCCAGACAGAGAUGAGUCUACAGCUCAGGAAUCUGCAUCUCAAGAGAAUGGCGAAACGGACAUCAUCCUUCGGAAGUGUGACAUCAUCACUGUGAUGGGGCGGGCUGAAAAGUGCGAGCUGGCACGGGCAGCUUUGCUUGCAUUGGUUCCUGUGACGAUUGAUGUUGAAGUUUCCUAUGACCUUCACCGUUACAUCAUAGGACAGAAAGGAAGUGGAAUAAGGAAAAUGAUGGAGGAUUAUGAGGUGAAUGUUUGGGUUCCUCAGCCUGAACAACAGUCAAAUAUCAUAAAGAUCACAGGCCAGGUGUCCAGUGUGGAGCGGGCCAGACAGGGGCUUCUGGAGAGAGUCAAGGAGCUGCAGGCAGAGCUGGAGGAUCGGGCAUUACGGAGCUUUAAGGUGACCCUCUUGGUAGACCCCAAAUAUCACCCCAAAAUUAUAGGCCGCAAAGGAGCUGUCAUCUCCCAAAUACGCAAAGACUUCGAUGUCAGUGUACAGUUUCCAGACAAGAGUGAUGAACAGCAGGAUGUAAUAACGAUUGGGGGUUAUGAGAAGAAUGCAAAUGAGGCCAGAGCAGCUAUAGAGCAGCUGGUGGCAGUGCUGCAGGAAAUGGUGAGUGAGGACAUCCGGCUGGACCGGCGGGUCCACGCUCGCAUCAUUGGAGCCCGGGGCAAAGCUAUCCGGAAACUCAUGGAGGAGUUCAAAGUUGAUAUACAGUUUCCCCAACCUGGUUCUGAGGACCCAAACAAGGUUACCAUCACAGGACUCCCAGAGAAUGUUGAUAAUGCCAUAGAUUAUCUACUUAACCUGGAAGAAGAAUAUAUGUUGACUGUGACUGAGACAGAGACUAUGGCGGCCUAUAUGAAGCCUCCUUCUAAGGCAGUAGGGGCUGGAGGAAAUUAUGAGGAUAGCAAAGCCCUGGCUAAAGGCUUUGUUGUGCGGAAUGCCCCCUGGAAUGCUCAGGGCAACAAGGCACCAGACGUGAGCAGUUCUGAAGAGUUCCCCAAGUUUGGAUCUGGAAUAGCACCAAAACAGACAUCUGCAUGGGGGCCCAAAAAGUGUGCCCUUUGAGGAAUUGCUUCUAUCUUCUGCCUUUGCAAAAAUGGUACUUAGCAUUUGGUGGAUAGAUGUUCUUAUAACACUUCAACUGUCCACGGAUGGUCACACUUCAGUUCCUGUUGUGCCAGUCACAUUUCAAGGAAAUCACAGAAACAGAUCCUCAAGUAUCAGUUAGCAUUUUUAUACAACUGUUGUUUUGUGAAUAGUCUCAAGGUGGGUGAGACAAACAAUAGCAAGACACUGGAGAAUGAGGCAGACAUUUCUUACUUCUUGGACAACUUAAGACUAGAGAACCCCUAGUUCACUGUGUACAAGUUCUUUUUUUACAUCCUUGAUGGUUUUAACUGGUUUUUAACUGUGUGUUUCACAUGAAUGCACUCGGUUUGCAGCAGCAGAGUCGGGUGCUUGAGCUUUCACUAUGUACUGUAUGAAAAAUGAAGAUGGUUUUAAAGUGCAUUCAGCCACAGAUACAGAAAAAAUUAUUGAACACUAGAGUCACGCUGUGGAGUCCUCCAAUACUUAAGACUGAUCAAUACUGAACCUGUUUUUAUAUAUUUAUUUAUGUAUUUAUUUAUUAGUGUAUUUAUAUGCUUAUGUUAUUUAUUGAUUUUGUUCAGUGACUGAAAAUUCAUAUGGUAGGGACUGAAUGGAUGGAUCUGUGUCUUCACUUAAAGCAUAGAGAUGCUUUUGAUGUUAUUUAAGUAUGCUUCAUUUCUUUUGCUUCAGGAAGUUGUUUUUGUGUGGUCACGUCGCAGACUCGCAGCUCAUUUUCAAGUUCUGUGUUUGUAUGAUUUCUGUUUAUAGGUGUUGUUAACAAGGUUUUUUUUCUGUUUUGUCAUUUAAUUUGCUGUUCAUAUGUUUAGCAUUUUUCACUUCACCUUCAACUCCUCAAAAAUUAGGAGAUGUGUGAUUCCAUUGCUUAAGGGUUUAUUUAAUAAAACAGUAUAAGAUUAAGACAAACUUGAAACUGGGAAUAUUAAUUGAAGUCUUAAACGACAGGUUCCCGAACAAAGAAUUUUCUGGAAAAUCAUAAUUUACUCAAUAUUUAAUACAACUGACUUAAGGAAAAAGCCCUAGAAAUGUAGUAUAAUGCCAAACACACUGUGUUUUCAAAUUUAAUAAUUUUGUUUUUUGAUAGAACGGUCAUCUUCAACUUGUUGAAUGAUUGUUAAGCUUUCAAAGUAAAACUCUCUGGAACAUUUUCCUGAUUAUUAACAAACAGCUAAAAACACAAUGGCAUUUUUUGUUGUUGUUGUUUGAUAUGAGGGUCACUCCCUGUCCUCCUAGUUGAGUCUGUGUUUUAAUCAUUGUGUGUGGUGUGAACGUACACUUGGGCACAGGUUGAGUGAAGAACCAUCAACAAACAACUGAAGAUAGAAACACUAUUGGCCUUAAGAAGCAAUUGCCAUAGGAUAUUUUUACCAAGAUUUCAUGGCAUUGAUAUGCAACACUGCAAUAACAUGUCAGUGACGGAAAUGUCCUACUCCAAAUAAAAUAAAAUUUA